AUGGAACUCAUCCAACGAGCUUCCCUGACAGAGCACCAAAUCCCAAACAAGGCACACGAACACCAAAGUUACUUUCAAUAUCAGCAGUGUAGCACGGCGGCUGGGCAUAUGGCUGACGCCGAGUCUUCUGCCCCGGCCGUCAAACGACGAGCCCCGAUUGCAUGUCGACGCACAUUUCUUGAACGGGGUCAACCGGAUCAUGACCGUGACUUUCGUCACCCCCGUGUCCGGGCAGAUAAGUCAGGUCGAAGAGACCCGGCCAAAGCACGGCGUGACAUCCUUGACGCUCCUGUAAAGCCUCUAAACAAAUCGAACAGUGAAUGGGAGCUCUUACCUCCACUACCUGAAAUUAUCGACGGCAUAAAUCGAUUCAUCCGAUACUACUUCCAGCUUGGCUUUAUCCCCAGGGAGCAAUUUCCUAGACGUCUGCUUCAAGACCACCAAUCCGUGAGCGUCUUCCUUGUGGUCAGCAUCCUCAGCAUUUCUGCACGCUUUAGCCCUCCUCUCGCGACUCGCUAUGGCUCCGGUAUGAAAGCAGCUGAAUUCUUUAUGGAACGCGCUGCGGCCAUCGCACUUGGCGAGAUCUUUUCGCCGAGGUACACGUUGGAGAGUUGUCAGGCAUUUUACUUGCUCAGUAUUGCACAACAAGGCAGCGGGCUCAGAAACGAAAGUCAUGUAUGUACCAGAUACGAGGUGUCAAAUGUGUUCAUUGCUGAUCGACAGAUGAAUAUGGGCAUUGCUCUUCGGAUGGCUUCCGCGUUGCGUCUGCACUUGGAAGAAACAUAUGACAUCUCAGAUCCGACGGACGACACCAGAAUCCGUGGGGAGUCUGCUCGUCGCACUCUAUAUUGCCAGUGGAUGUUGCACAGUCAGGACCAAUUACACUCAGGCCCUCACUCGCCCAUUUCCCUUUCUGCGUCGGACAUUACCGCUCUCCUCCCUUGUCAUGAGGACGAAUUUGACCUGGGACGGGAGCCUUCUUCACGAGCUGCUCUUGAGGGUUCUCCGCCAGCUAUCAGUAAUCCGGCACUUUUGUGUGAUCCGAACCGGUCUCUCUUUGCGUCACUCAUUCAAGCGCACAGUUUAUGGGGCGUUAUAACCCGGCGUGCUGUCAGUUUUACCCGGAGCUCUUAUCCAUGGGAGCCAGAAAGCAAAUUUGCAACUGUCUCGAGAAAGCUUGAUAUGUGGGAGAAUAGCCUACCCCAAAAUCAUCGAUGGAACGAGUUCACAUAUAGCGAGCACAAAGCUAAAGGACAAGAACUGGCGUACCUCGGAGUGACCAUGGUCCCGCGCCUUUGCAAUAUCGUUCUUCGACGUCCAUACUUGGUAGACAUCUUGACAUUUUCUGCUGAAUAUAAGCAGAGACCGGAAGCUUUCACAAAGAUUACGUACGAACUUUUCUCCAACGUCCGUAGCCUUUAUGUACAAAUCGAUGCUCAAUUCACAGGACGUUCCUCGGAGGAAAGUGUUGGUGCCCAGAUGGCGGCGUUCUGUGUCUACACUUGUGGUCUUCUUUCCACAUACCUUUGUUGUUAUCCAAACAUUUGCCCGGAUCCCAGUAUCAGCCGCGACGGACAUAUGAUGUAUCAGCGAACCCUAGCCAUCUUAUUGGAAUGCAAAGAAGUCUGGCCCCUCGCAUCCCGUUGGGCAGAUGCUCUGGAACGCUUUGCUCAGGAUCCCACGAGCUCUCUUACAUCAGAAACCGGGAUGGCGGACGGUAGAGAUCCCGUUCCUCAUCCAGUAAUCGACCUUCCUGGAGCUACUCCAGCAUCAUCUGGCACAUCACCAGCAUCGUCUAUAUACAGUCGACAGGCCAGUUCUAUAGAACCAGGGCCCUCUACUCUACAGUCUCCAUCUCCACAUGGUAUUCCAGCGACUCACAUUCUACCAUCCCACUUUCCUCCGCCUCAAAUUCAGCAACAGCCUCAGAUGCACCAGAUUCCGGUUCACCAACAUCAGCACCAAACACCAGCACCAAUAAUGUCGCAACACCAGGCAUUUGUUCCUCAUCAACUUCAGCCUCAACUAUAUAUGGGCUCCAACGAUAUGACAAACCUUGGCAUGGUCAUGGGAACAUUCGACCAGAGUACCCUGCAAGGUUAUCAGAUGCCACAACAAUGCACCGCUCCAUUGGCUUCCACUAUCCCGACAGUCGCAGCUAUUCCACCGGUCCCACUCGGCGCCCCUGCGGAUGGCUAUGAGAAUGAAUUGAAUUUUUAUUCUUAUGGAUCCUACGACUGGGUACCAUCGAGCAAUGUUUUUGACGGGUACGACUAA